AUGAUAUCUAGAUCGUUACGAAGAGCACCGGCAGCCAUCUCUAGAGGCGCCGGUCUGAGGAUGAAGACUCUUCUUGGAUCUGUCGAAUCCAGACCCCAGCUUAUGAAUGCUUUCCCAAAACUACCGAUUUCAAGUUUGGAGCAAACCCGAGGAUUUAAAAUCCCCCAAAUUGAAGUUUCGAGUCCUCGAGGUAUUAGACUCUUGCGAAUGUCCCGUAAAGUUGGUCUUGGCCUGGCUCUUUUUUACGUUGUUGGCUCUGCAAGUGUACUUUUUCUUUACUUUCAAGAAACUUCAAAAUCUGAUGGUGUCCAAAAAAUUCCUGGCGACUGGCCAUUCAACGUUAAGACUCUCGUUCGCGAGGGUGUUAAUAGCGAAAUGGACAACAAAUUUGAUCACGCUUUAAAGUGCUAUAAACUUGCUAUUGAAGAAUUGACUACAAUCAAACAAGAAGAUGGAACCCGUACUCCUGUGGAGGACCUGAGCGAUAAAUCUCAAGAUUGGCUCGGAGGUUAUUCUGAUCUUCUCAUCAGAUAUGCACGCAUUGAAGAGCUUUACGAUAACAGCGAAAAAGCAAAAGCUGCUCUGCUUGCCAGUGAGAAUAUUCCUUGGGGAAUGACUGAACUGAAGAGUGUUGCAUCUAUUCAACUGGGUAAGUAUGCUUUGGCAGAAAAGGAUCCCAAGGCCGAAUCAUACUUUGUCAAUGCUGUUAAAGUUGUCGCAACUCCUCGGAUGAAGGCUUAUUUUGCCGAAGGUCCCAAUCAAGACCUACAUAAGGCUAUUCUGAUAUCAGAUCCUGCUCUUGAGGUUUCUUCCAAGCUUGUAAACCAAAAUGACGGAAAGCCUACCGGUGAGGGCAUUACUUCACAAUUAUACAAUGCUAGCAUUGAACUCGGUAAGUUUUAUGCAGCUACUGGAAAUUAUCCUCGUGCUUUAGAAGUUUUCCUUUCUACUCUGCGGUCUAUCCGUCGCAAAAGAGAACCUGAGGGUCGCAGUCGUGAACGUAUUCCUGAUCCCGACUGUUUUGAAGCCCGCACCAUGUCAUAUUUAUCUGAAGUUCUAUGGGCUGCUGAUAAGUCUAAGCGUGAAGAUGCUGUCACUUGGGCUGAAGGUGCCUUUUCUGAAGCUCACCCUCUUUCCAACACCACCGUGGAGUGCGGCCUGUGUGCCACAAUGGUUUUGGAAAACUUGGCAAAGAUGUAUGCUUCUUUGGCUCUGCCUGAAGAAGUUGAAAACUGCAAAAAGAGACUUGACGAAGUGCACACACCCAUGACAAAUGUUAAUGAGGAAUGGUCUGUUGCCGAUUUGUUUUCUCUCAAAGAGCAACGUUAG